CAAGGAUGAAGGUGUAUUUUUGUCUGUAAGAAGGUUAUGGAUUUCUUACCCCCAACUCAAGUGUAACUAGAGCGUUUUGCAACAUCUAAUGAGAGGAUAUUUUUUUGACUUCAAAAUGAUUUACUGACAACACACAAAAUAUCUGCAAGCUUCGUUGAUUUAAACCAUGGCAACAACAACCCUGACUGGUUUCUCAGUGAUGAGCCUGCUCAGCCUUGCGUACCUGAGCUGGGAUCUGAUGAGCCCCAAUCAGGUGGAAAAUGAGCCUGACCCAACUUUUAAUGUCAAGUCUCCUGUCCAGCAACCUCCUCAUAUAAUCUUUAUCAUGACAGAUGACCAGGGUUUCAAUGACAUUGGCUAUCACAGCUCUGACAUUAGGACACCGGUACUGGAUAAACUAGCUGCAGAUGGUGUAAAGCUGGAGAAUUAUUACGUGCAGCCCAUCUGUACACCAUCCCGAAGUCAGCUCAUCACCGGCAGGUACCAAAUUCAUACUGGUCUCCAGCACUCCAUCAUCCGUCCUCGCCAGCCCAAUUGCCUUCCCUUCGACCAGGUCACACUCCCUCAGAGACUUCAGCAGCUUGGCUACUCCACCCACAUGGUUGGCAAGUGGCACCUGGGAUUCUACAAGAAGGAGUGUUUGCCCACUCGACGAGGUUUUGACACAUAUUUAGGCUCUCUGACGGGCAGCAUGGACUACUACACGUAUGAAUCCUGUGAUGGCCCCAGGCUUUGUGGCUUCGACCUCCAUGAGGGGGAGUCAGUUUCUUGGAGACGCAGGGGUAAAUACUCUACACAUCUGUACACACAGAGAGUUCGCAAGAUCCUGGCAGCCCAUGAUCCUCUGUCCCAGCCACUCUUCAUCUUCCUGUCCUUUCAAGCUGUUCACACACCUCUGCAGUGUCCUCAGGAGUACCUCUACCCAUAUAAUGAACUGGAGAACUUUGCGCGUAGAAAGUAUGCUGCAAUGGUCUCAUCUGUAGAUGAGGCUGUUCGUAACAUAACCUAUGCUCUCCGCAAAUAUGGAUACUACAAAAACAGCAUUCUAAUUUUCUCCACUGAUAAUGGGGGCCAGCCUUUGUCUGGGGGCAGCAAUUGGCCACUUAGAGGACGUAAAGGUACUUACUGGGAAGGUGGUGUCCGAGGUUUAGGGUUUGUCCAUAGCCCUCUCUUAAGAAAGAAGAGGAGGGUUAGUAAAGCACUGGUACACAUUACUGACUGGUAUCCCACAUUGGUGGGAUUAGCAGGCGGCAAUGAGUCCCUUACUGAGGGGGUUGAUGGGUACAAUGUCUGGGAGGCCAUCAGUGAAGGAAAAGAGUCACCCAGAUUUGAGAUCCUCCACAACAUCGACCCUUUGUACAACCAUGCACGCACUGGCUCCCUGCAGAAAGGAUUUGGGAUUUGGAAUACUGCCAUUCAAGCCUCCAUACGAGCAGGAGACUGGAAACUCCUGACCGGAGACCCUGGUUAUGGAGAUUGGAUCCCACCUCCUAUUCUUCCUGGUUUUCCCAGAGAGUAUUGGAACCUGGAGCGUCACAUUAAACCCAGCAAAUCAUUGUGGCUCUUUAACGUCUCUGGAGACCCCUACGAACGGUUUGACCUGUCUGAACAGAGACCUGAUGUUGUGAAAGAGCUCCUAGCCAGACUGGUGUACUACAACCGGACAGCAGUACCAGUAAGGUACCCAUCAGAGGACCCACAGGCAGACCCCCAAUUGAACGGAGGAGCCUGGGGUCCCUGGAUGGAAGAUGAGGAGGAAGAGACCUGGGAUUACCAGAAAGAAAACAUGGAAUGGAAGAGGAAGCUUAAGAUGUUCAAAAGCAGGUCAAUUUUCAGAGGACUCAACACAAGGAUGAUGUCUAACAGAAUAUAGAAGCAAAAUAACUGAAACAAAUCUGGCUGACAUUAACUUUGUUUAUACAAAGAAUACUUUAAAAGGUGUUUUUACUCAAAGAACAAGGUUUCUGUGAAACUAAGCUGGAGCGUAUUUUCCCCGGAUCAAGAACUCAAUUGCAAUAUGAGGAUUUGUUUUUGUGAUAAAACAGAUUUACUGAAGUCACCACACAGUGCAUGCCAGUUACCUUUUAAAAUCAACCUGAAUUCCACUUAUGUCUACAUUGUGCCUAAACUACAACGUUAUGAGAUAGAUGUUACAGAUGGACUCAGGUUCUAUUUGCCCUCAAGGAAUCAUGAGACACGUUUCAUUCUCACAAGAUCUAACAGCUGAUUGUUUUUUUUUUAGUUUAGAUGUUGGAUAGAAACUUGUUCUUCCAUUUAAGUGUAUUUGGGUUAAUGUUUGAUAUUAAAACCUCAUUCCAUCUAAAAAUGGUUGAUUUAUCACAGCAAAACGUGGUGGCUUGAGUUGUGUGUGAGGAUUUUUGCUGUACAGAUUUGCUGCACAAAGCUGUUGUGUUGUUUACCUUUAAAAAAAACAAGAUUUAACCACCUAGUUCAUUUUUAUGAGCCUCAAUUGGCUGCAAACUGAUAUUUGCACCUAGAGCCUGAUUUCAAAAGAUCUGAUUCCCACUAUAGCUUCUCCUUGUUAAUUAGUGGAAACUAUUCUGAUUUAGAUAAAUAUAUUUGUCUUCUCAGUGUCAGCAUGUACUUUUUUAGGUUUGAGAUGAUAGUGAAUAAAAAUACAUUUUAAUCAGUUGUUCUUAUGUAAAAGUUACACAAUAUCUUUACAUGAUACAAAUUUGUGAAACUAAAAGGAAUUUUCAUUAAUAAAAUUCUGCUUACUUUA